AUGUUAAUAGAAUUCUUUUUGCUCUGGUCAUCAGUCAAAUCCGCCAAAAGAAAACUAUCCGCGGAUUCCUUCACAUCACCUGUGGUUCUUUUAGAAACGGUCGAUCAAGGGCAAAUCGAAUAUAAGCAUUUUUAUUCGAUCAAUUAUCAAGAAGAUGCAGAAAGUGCCAGGAGAAAUUGCCGCGCUGGAAGCUUUUCAAAGCGGAAGAAACCGCAGCGAGGAGCCAGGACGAGGAGGGCGAUUAAACCGCAGAAAAAUGACGUGAGUGUCACAACUCAAGGCCUGCAUUUUUAUCACAAGAUCGAUCUGAAGGAGCUUACAUGCACUUGUAACGAAGAAAUUUCAAAACUUGAACGCAAGAUCGACCGCUUAACGAAACUUGUGCGGCGACUCAAAGACAAGCCAAAGAAUAAUAAGCUUCAAAGUUCAAAAGAACCCUUGCAAAUCCCGGAGAUCGCGCCAGUCACAGAGAAGCCUCCUGUGGUAACGACUACAGAAGAAGUUAAAAUAGUCAAAUGUCCAAAUGAUUGCUCUGGAAAUGGGAAAUGCGAUGAAAAAACAGGACUGUGUUCUUGCGAUGAAAGUUGGCUGGGAAAAGAUUGUGCGGACAAAAUCUGCCCUAAAAACUGCAAUAAUCAAGGCGAAUGCGUCGAUGGCGCAUGCAAAUGUCACCAAAAAAGCGACGGGCGAUUCUGGACUGGGCCCGCGUGCGAGACAUUAGCGUGCUUUGACGACUGUAAUGGGCGGGGAAGCUGCUUGAAUGGAGUUUGCGACUGCGAUUUGCCCUGGUUUGGCAAAGACUGUUCCGAAAGAAAGUGCUUGAAGCCUUGCCAAAAUGGCUUUUGCGUCGAUGGAACAUGCAAGUGCGCGAAAGGAUUUACGGGAAUCGACUGCUCGGAAAAGACCUGCCCGAAUAAUUGCUCCAAACACGGCACAUGCAAAAAUGGAGUAUGCCAGUGUCGAAAUAUCUGGAAAGGGAAGGAUUGCUCGAUUAGGACUUGUGCUAUUGGAUCUUUAGCGAAAGGUGAGCCCGCAAAGUUGUGCUUUGGCCAUGGCGAGUGCGACGAAAAAACUGGCACUUGCAAUUGUUGGAAUCAAUUCACCGGCUUCAACUGCGCGAGAAAAAAGUGCAUUCCGACUUGUACCGGAAAUCGAAUUUGCAAUGGAAGGACGGGCCGGUGUCUUUGCCGACGGAAUUGGCACGGAGAGGAUUGCAACGUGCCGCGAUGCCCAAACAACUGCAACAAUGGCAACGGAAGGUGUAAUCCGAAGACGGGCACUUGCACCUGUAAACCAAACUGGACAGGAGACGACUGCAGCAUUCCUGCUUGCAACAAGGAAUGCCAACAUGAGUGUAAGUGCGACGCAGGCUACUGUCUCAGCAUUGGACCAAUUUUCAUAAUUGAUUAUUAUUAUCGAUAG